AUGGAAAAACAUCCUCCUUUUCCUCCUCGUCAGAAUGAACAACAUUUCUCUAAUCAUCUUUUCAUACUGCUUAUUGCUUCUAGAAUUCCAUCCGCAAUGAAAUGUUCAGCAAUGUGGUGA